AGUAUUGCGUUAUAAAGUGGAACGGAGGGAUUGUAACAGCACCGACAAGAAAAAGAGAGAAGAAGAAGGACAAAACAUGAAAUUUGAGCUUGUCUUCAUCCCUUCUCCUGGAGUCGGUCAUCUCCGAUCAAUGGUGGAGAUGGCGAAGCUACUAGUGAGCCGUGAAACCAGCCUUUCUAUCUCCGUCAUCAUCGUUCCUUUCAUUUCCGGAGGGCAAGCCGGUGCUUCAGAUUACGUUGCAUCGCUCUCCGCUGCAUCCAACAGCCGCCUACGCUACAAAGUGAUCAUCUCCGCCGAAGACGAACCAAUAUCGGAGCUGACAACUUUCGAAAACCAUAUCGAGAACCAGGUGCCCAAGGCUAAAAGCGCCGUCGCGAAACUCGUCGAAGACUACACGGCGGUACCGGACUCGCCGAGGAUUGUUGGGAUCGUCCUAGACAUAUUCUCCACGUCGAUGAUGGAUGUGGCGAAAGAGUUUGGUGUUCCGAGUUAUGUAUUUUGUGCGACAAAUGCAGGAAUGUUCCCACUUACAUAUCAUAUUCAGAUGCAGUUCGAUGAGAACAAGUACGAUGUUAGUGAAAGUGAUCACGUAGACUCGGAAGCUGUGUUGAACGUUCCAGGUUUGAGUCGUCCUUAUCCGGUGAAGUGUCUUCCUGACAUUUUCGCAUCUAAAGUGACGCUCCCAAUGUUUGUAAAUCAAGCGAGAAAAUUUAGAGAAAUGAAGGGUAUUUUGAUAAAUACUGUUGCUGAGCUUGAACCUUAUGUGUUGAAGUUUCUUUCAAGUGGUGAUUGUGAUACUCCUCCUGUUUAUCCUGUUGGACCAUUGUUGAAACUCGAGAGCCAAGUUGGUGGUUCCAAGGACGAGAAACCAUCUGAUAUUUUACGGUGGUUAGACGAGCAACCACCCAGUUCGGUUGUGUUCCUCUGCUUUGGGAGCUUGGGAGGCUUCAGUGAGGAACAAGCAAGAGAAAUCGCCCUAGCGCUGGAACGAAGUGGCCACCGGUUUAUCUGGUCUCUCCGUCGUGCAUCCCCUAAUAUAUUUAGGGAACCUCCUAAAGAGUUUACGAACCUAGAAGAAGUUCUUCCUGAAGGAUUUUUGGAUCGGACCAAAGAUAUAGGAAGAGUGAUCGGAUGGGCUCCGCAGACGGCCGUGCUUGCGAAUCCGGCUAUUGGAGGAUUCGUCACUCAUUGCGGGUGGAACUCAAUGCUAGAGAGCCUUUGGUUCGGUGUCCCCAUGGCUGCAUGGCCGUUAUACGCAGAGCAGAAGUUUAACGCCUUUAUGAUGGUGGAGGAGCUUGGAUUGGCGGUGGAGAUAAAGAAAUACUGGCGAGAGAAUCAUUUAACGGGAACGUCGACGGUCAUCGUGACAGCAGAGGAGAUAGAGACAUCAUUCAAGUGUCUCAUGGACAAGGAUAGUGACGUGAGGAAAAAAGUUAAGGAAAUGAGCAAGAAAUGUCACGUUGCCCUAACGGACGGUGGGUCGUCGAGGAUUGCGUUGGAUAAGUUUUUUGAAGACGUUACCAAGAAUUAUCGUUUCAAAGAUUAAAGAAUAUGAGUGUGUACCCAAAUAAGGCAUAAUUGAGUUUAAACUAUCAUAUAUAUUAGUCAAUGCCAUCUUUAACUC